GUUUCGCAUUUUUUUGUAGUCACCAAGGUUUGCGAAGCCACACAGAAAUCGGUAUCCAUCACCCUCGCACUCGACCCACCGGCCUUGUCAAGAGGUGGAUGCAAGUCAUGGACGGGAAGAUCCGAACAAUCCGAACAAAUCCUGCGGCUUGACAUGACAUGUUUGAUAACAGGGGGUUUGGGGCAUGGGGGAGACGCUGGAGGGGUCGACAUGCGAUUGUUCUUUGGAUAUCUCCCGGGGGGCACUCGAAAGGAUUUGGCUGCAUUCUCAGCCGGUUCCCAGGUUAUUUAACCACAAGCCGAUCUAUAUAAGGAAGGGCCCCAAAGGAUUAAGCUCUGCAACUGGAACGCAACCAAAACAACCAGAAACCCUCGGCCACCGAUACUUUGACAUUCAAUCGCAUCCCGUUGACCAUGUCUCAUAUUGUUCGGUCCGUGAAGCCGCUCAGCGGCCCAGAGAGCAACGAAACAAUGACAGUUUACCGAAAAUCACGAAUCCCUCCCUGGAAUGGGGGACGACCCGAGGGGGCGCAACACUCCAACACCGCCGCAUCAAGAAACAGGCAACUGCAACGCCUUUCGCAUUUUUUGCAUUCGCCCAAUGCGGGACAGUGAUAUGGACGAAACGAACAUCCUAAUUACCGUCACCCUCGUCGUAUCGAGGGGCACUUCCCUGCUGACCCGGUGGGGAAUGCGCGCAUGAUACAGAAUGGGUACUGUACCAUAAUAACGAAGACAAGCGAGAAACGGGACAAUGGAUCAAUCAUGGGAAAAUAAAAAUCAUAUUUGUCCAUGGGCGGGAGCUGGACCAUUUGCCAUGUAUGGCAGUUGCAUGCUCUCC